CGUCCACCGCCAGCUGUUUUCAAUACUCUUCGACGCAGAGGUGAUCGGAAAACGCGGACGGUCUUGAUUUUAUUACAAUAUUGAAUUGGAUUUUACAUAAUUGGAGCAGGAAAAAAUGGAGUUCGAUGCCUAUCACCAGAUCUGUUCGACGCAGACCGUCCAGUCGGAGAAGAAGGGUUUCUUCAAUGAGUUCUGUGUGGAUGUGCGCGAGGCAUGUGGCGACAAGUGGCUGCGCAACUACUUCGGCAAGCUGAAGUCCAAUGCAGCUCGAGUGCUGUCCAUCUUCAGUGACCGCGAGGUGUGCGAUCCGGUGCUGGGUGUUCUGGAGCAUGUCCAACCGGUCUUCAAGCAGAAGGAUGCACUUUUCUCCGCCCAGCGACGUGCUCAGGCGGAUAAGUUCUACCUGAUGAGUGGCAGCGAGGCGGAGGAGAGCAGCAGGGAGCUACUGCAGCAAGCGCUGCUCGCUGCCAAUCUUGCCGUAAUGCGGGCACCGGACCGGAAUGCGGAUCCCACCAUCGAUGAUGGACUCACCCUGGCAUUGGCCUACAGAUCGAGAGCCUCCAUUCUCAUUCGGCUGGGCGAAGGUGAGGCUGCUCUCAGUGACCUAAAAUUGGCAACAAACUUUGGACUGGAGCUGAAGUCCAGUGUGGACUACUACUGCAAGAUGGCCAAGGCUUAUGCCGUCAUGGGAGAACCGGCACGGGCUGAGAUCUCGCUCAAGAUAGCUGAAAAGAUGACUGGUUCCGAUCCCACUCACAUCGCCCUAUGUCGCAAGGAAAUAGCUGCUGCGAAGGUGGUGCCCAAAGAAAACCACACAGGACAGGUGCCCCAGUUGACGCAUGGAGAGAAUCCGGAGCUGAGUGGAGCAGCCAAGGUGGUCAAGUUAGUGGAGACCAAGGAUAAGGGUCGUUUUGUGGUGGCUGCCGAGGGUCUGACAACAGGAGAUGUGGUGCUCUGUGAGGAGCCAGUGGCCGCCUGCCUGAUACCCAGUUUCUUUGGCACAAACUGUCAUCACUGCUUCAAAAGGCUGCACACGCCGGUGUCCUGUCUACACUGCUCGGGAGUUGCCUUCUGCUCUGCUCAGUGCAUGGGAGAGGCCUGCUCCAGCUACCAUCGCUUCGAGUGCGAGUUUAUGGAUCUUUUGAUUGGUUCCGGAAUGUCCAUCCUAUGCUUCAUUGCACUGCGCGUCUUUACACAAGCACCCAACCUUGAGGAAGGUUUGGCCACGGCAAAUCUGCUAUUCGAACACCUGUGUUCCCAUGAGGACGAGCGCCAGCCGGAGGAUUACCUUCAGCGCUCCCUAAUGGCUGGGUUCCUGAUGCGCAUCUUGCAGAAGGCUCUGUACUUUGGCCGGCGGAAAACGGAGGGCGUCAAUCCCACGGCCGUGGAGCUGCAGGUGGCCACCGCUCUGUUAGGUCUGCUCCAGGUGCUACAAUACAACGCCCAUCAGAUAUAUCAGACCCAGGUGACCGAGGAGCUCCGCUUCGAUGGCAGCAGGACGGUGUUUGUGGCCGCUGGACUAUAUGGCACUGGUUCCUACUUUAAUCACGAGUGCUGGCCCAGUGUUGCUAGUCACUUCGUGGGAAAGAAGCUGGUUCUUACGGCCACCAAGCCGCAUCGUCCCAACGAAGUUGUGGCAGUAAACUACGGUCCCAUAUUCAUUCAAAUGAAUCUCAAGGAUCGCCAGCGCUCCUUGCGAGGACGCUACUCGUUUAGCUGCAGUUGCAUGGCCUGUCAGGAGAACUGGCCCCUGCUCCAGAAACUAGACAAGCAAGUCCGCUUUUGGUGCACUUCGGCCAACUGUGUUAACUUGCUAAAGUUCCCCAAGGAUUUGUCCAAGGACGUGCGGUGCCCGCGUUGCCGCAAGAAUAUAUCCCUCAAGGAGAGUGUCGUCAGGUUGAUAAAGACCGAGGAACUGUAUCGGGAGGCCGCCCGGGCCAUGGAGGCCCAGAAAACUUCAGAGGCCAUCGAGCUUUUCAAGGAGGGCAUCGAGAUGUUCUUCCAGGUGGCUGCUCUUCCACACAAAGACACUCUCGUGGCGCAGCAAUCGCUCCAGAAAUGCCUUGCAGACACCGGCACCACCUUCAAGAAGUAGGGUCUUCCCCAGAAUUCGGGCAUAUCU